UUCUGGGAGUUGUAGUCCACUACCUGAAUAGUUACAUUCUCCCUUCCCUGAAAGAGAACCCGCACUCAGUUCCCUAAUAGCCUCGGGGAAAGGAAAGGAACCAAACCUCCCUGGGCGUGGCUUGGAAAAGAUGAGGCCGUCUGAUUGGAGGAUAGGCCAAAAUGGGCGUUGUCUGAACGUUUCUAAGACCGGAGGGGUGGAGCAAGAUAGUACACUCUCGGAGGUGCUUAGCCCUGAGGGUGUGGCAGCCCCUGGGGCACGUAUGAGUCCUUUGCAUAUCUUUGCUAAACUAAUCCUUUCCAUUUUUUGAGGCUUGUCCAGUGAGAAUCUAGAGAACUGGUUUCUAGUCUUGAAUUGUCAGUGAAUGACUUCGAGCAAGUUCCUUCCCUUUCUCUGUCCCUCUGUUUCCCUCUCUGUAAAAUGAGGGGACCCUACCACAAAGUGAUCCCCGGGUAAUCAAAGUCCUGGAAUGUCAGAAUCAUAGACCCUAGAAGGGACCUUAAAAAUCAUCUUUUUUUACAAAUGAGGAAACUGAGACCCAGAAAGGUCUGCUUAUUACUCACAAGUAGUGACAGAGUAUUUAAAUGGAGGCCCAAACAAAGGGGGGAGGGGAGGACUGAUUACUGAGAUAUUAAAAGGAUGAGGGCCAAAAAAAAAGGAUAAGGGCCUUCUAUCUCAUUGGCAAAAGGAACUCCUAGAAGACCCAGUGGGUACCUGAUGGACUGGGUAUCAGAGAGACCAGGGUUCAAAUCCUACUACAGACAAGUGUCUGUGGGCAAAUCAUUGAACUGCUCAGCCUGAAUUUCCUCAUUUGCAAAAUGGAAAAUGUUUAGACUGGAUGGCUUACAGUCUCUUCAUUCCUUUCCAGGUCUCAGUUCAUGAUCCCAAGUGAAGCUAUUCCCUCUACCCAUGCAGGUCAGCUCCUCCUCAGCAAUUUAGAGAGGGGCAGAGCAGCCAAGAGCUAAGAGUUACCAAAAGCAUUAAAAAGUUAAGUGGCUUACCCAGGGUCCUACCAUAGGUACUGUCUGAGGUAGGAUUCAAACCCAAGAUUCUGGUUUUGAAGCCAGCUCUCUCUACCCACUCUCAUACUAUAAUAAUAUAAAACCAAAAUCCUCUGCAUUUCCCAAAUUUAUUUUUGAGGAUAAAACAAUAGGGCAUCUCUAAGCUUUCCUGGCCAAGUUCAGUUCAUUCUAUCAGUGUUCAGAAGAGGGCCCUCACAGAGUCUCCAAUCCAACCCCAUCAUUUUUCUAGAGGGACGAAAGUAGGGCUUAGAGUUGGUCUUAUGGGAGACACCAUAAUAAGUCAGUGGCAGAGGCUCGUCUAGGGCCCAGGGCUCUUUGGGGCCCCUUUGCAGUAGGAGUCCUGUGGGUACAAGCAGGGCCUCCUAACUCCUGUCCCCCCUCCCAUCAGGGGACAAUGGUGGUUGGCGUGAAGCGAAAACACCCAGAUGAUCACUGAGAUCCAGAAGAGGUGGAGGCUGGGAAGGAGUCCCAGGAACAGGCCCCCUUCUCCAGGUCCAACCUAGGCUAGACCCUACUUCGACUUUCAAUGGACAAAUUCCAGCUAGGUCCCAGCCUCUUGAGGCAAGUGCUCAUCACAAACACCCUGAACUACAUCAGGGAAAAGAUGAAGCUGGAGAGGAGCCCAGCCCCACCCCAGGAACCUGGGUUGGAGCUGCUUUUACCUUUGACUGCCUAGUCUGCCAACAACUUCCUCAGGGAGCUGGAGGUGAUCCUGGGCUUAAGAGCCACACAAGACUGCUGUGAGCCCCCAGACCUGAGUUGUAGCACUACUUCUGCCCCUGAUCUGUUGAGUGAUAGCAAGCAAAUACCUUCCCCUCUUAAGGCCUCAGUUUCCCCAUCUGUCAGAGUUGAAGAGCCUGCCCUGGGCAGCUUUGAGAAUAGUGACAGGUGCCUUGAAGACCUGGUUCCUGAUGACUUCUUCCCUGACCCUGAUACUGACACCUCAGAUGUGGAAAGAGAUCCUUGGCUCUCACCUUCUGCCAUUGCUCCCUCCUCUGGGGCAGCCUGCUCCCUAAGGCAUCCUAAGACUGAAUGGGACUGGACUGAACUGGACCAUAUCUUGGAAAUCAUCAAGGGGUCGUAAGACUGAACCUUUCCCUUCAGAUACUUGCUCACCUCUGGAGAGUUUCAAGAAAGUGGUCUCCAAAAAUUUCAUAUCUCAGGAACCUGGGGUGAAGCUUCUUAGUCACAGCCUCAUCAGCUCUUCUGCCCUAGUCUCAGUGCCUGCUGAUGGCAGAAAACCAGAAUGUAUCUCUCUUUCCUGAUGGCUUGAUAGAACUCUGCUCCCCCUGCCUUCAUCUUCCCACAGCUGGAGCUGCUGUCAUGGAAUCCCUCCUUCUCUCCACCCUAUCACCCUGACUGGCCUAUGGUGUGCUGGGGCCAAGCACUCUGGGGCUGCUGUUCCUACUUGUUAGCCUUUUGGGUCUCCUGGGAGCCUGGUCCCCAGGUACUCCCUGGUUUUUCCCCUUGAUUUGGCUUCAGACUGGAUGAAGAACCUGGCUUCAGGGUUGAGUAACUGCCUGGGGGAGGAAGGGGGCAGGGCAGGGCUGAAAGCCAGGAGCCUGGGCCUCUGGGGAGACAAAGUCCAAAUUGCAAGGAGGAGGGGCUCUAGACCAACCCCCCCUCCCCUCCCACCCAACUCCCAAGGUUGACAGGUAUGGAAACAGUAAGAAGUCACAUCUUCUUCCUCCUCUCCACCCCAGGGCCUGCAUAACUGUGAACCCCCCUCCUUUGUCUGCUCCUUUGUACUUGGUCACCCCCUCCCUUACCCAAAGUGGCUUUGUUGAAGUGCAAUAGGGAUACAGGGAUCUUUAUCUGUGGUCAUGCCUUCCCCACCCCCCUAA